AUGUCGAAACCUGAGGAUAUCGUCAACCAGGUCUCCGAGGAUGAGGGCUCUGAUAUCGAGGCCGGCGGGCUCUUCGAGGACCCCCCUGACUUCUACCCUCCUUCCCCUCCUCCGACUACUGAGCACUACACCAUGAAGGACGGCAGCGAUAUCACUCUUCAUCUUGUCGGUCACAGCCCUCUCGAGGCCCACACCCUAUGGAACGGAGCUGUCAUCAUCUCACAGUACUUUGAAGAACACCCCGAGGAGGUCAAGGGCCGGACUGUCCUUGAGAUUGGCGCCGCUGCCGGCCUGCCUAGCUUGGUUUCUGCCGUGCUUGGGGCCAAGAAGGUUGUCGUGACUGACUUCCCGGAUCCGGACAUUGUGGCGGUUAUGUGGAAGAACAUCCGCAGUUGCCCUAUGUUGGCUGUUGACCGCGAGGAGGAUCGCAACAUUGUCGCUGACGGCUACGUCUGGGGCGCUAAGAAGGAGCCGUUGCUCGCCCACCUGGGUGAACAGAAGGAGGGAGAAGUCGGGUUCGAUGUUCUGAUCUUGGCCGAUCUUCUUUUCCGUCACUCGGAGCACAGCAAGCUGGUCGACACCAUCCAGUUCACCCUGAAGAAGAAGCCCGGCAGCAAGGCCUUCGUCGUCUUCACUUCGUACCGCCCAUGGCUCCAGCACAAGGACUUGGCCUUCUUCGAUCUGGCCCGCGAGAGGGGCUUCAUUGUGGACAAGUUCCUUGAAAUCAAGACCGAGAAGCCUCUGUUCGAGAACGACCCCGGUGAUGAGGAGAUUCGCAAGACUGUCACCGGCUGGACUGUACGCUGGCCCACGGAGGAGGAGAAGGCGGCGGCCAUGGCCAAGGCGGACGCAUGA